UUCACGGGCCUUAGUUACCGCGCCGGGCGUUACUAUGAGACCAAGCCAUUGCGGCUGCUUGUAGAAGGGUUUCGGAGUAAACCAUUCACUUAGAGGGUGGAAAGGAAUCAAGAUUAUAGUCUCAGGCGGUUCUCGGUCCUGUCAUUUGCGCACCGCUUCUUUACGUUUCCACUUCUUUCUUCCUGCUCCUCCACCACCCCCCUGCAAUUGUCUUCAUCGUUUCCAAUCUGCCACCACCCCACUUUCCUACUGGAUGGUCUCGUCCCGUGCCGGCCUUAGCCGCAAGCGCUGCGGGUAGAAAGAUGGCGGCAGCGGCACUUUUGCUUCCGUUGCCGCCGUGAGUAAAUGUGCGGCCGGCUCUUCCUCGCCGCUGGACAGUAGGGCUAUGUCGGACUCUGAGGAGGAGGAGUGCCCUGACCGGCAGCUCAAGUUCGUGGUGUUGGGCGACGGCACCUCCGGCAAGACCUCCUUAGCCACACGUUUUGCUCAAGAAGCUUUUGGGAAGCAGUACAAACAAACCGUAGGACUUGACUUCUUUUUGAAAAGAAUAACGCUGCCAGGAAAUAUAAAUGUGACUCUGCAAGUAUGGGAUAUAGGAGGCCAAACAAUAGGAGGCAAAAUGUUGGAUAAAUAUAUCUACGGUGCACAGGCUGUCCUUCUGGUGUAUGAUAUCACUAACCAGCAGAGCUUUGAAAACCUAGAAGAUUGGUAUAAUGUUGUGAAGAAGGUCAGCGAAGAGUCAGAAACUCAGCCACAUGUGGCACUGGUAGGCAAUAAAAUUGAUUUGGAGCAUCUGCGGGCAGUAAAAGUUGAUAAACAUCUUCGAUUUUGCCAGGAAAAUCGUUCUAGUGGCCAUUUUGUAUCUGCCAAGACGGGUGAUUCUGUCUUCCUGUGUUUUCAAAGAAUCGCUGCUGACCUCCUUGACGUCAAAUUAAACAGAGCGGAAAUAGAGCAAUCACAGCAUGUUGUCAGGGCAGAACUAGUGAAGUAUCCUGAAGAAGAUAACCAACAGCACAGCACUGCCAGCUGUCAGAGUAAAGUCUGUUCAGUGCAAUAGUUCAGAGGGUGGUGAAGGCAGAUAUUGUAAACUACAGUCAGGAGCCCGUGACAAGAACAGUUAACUCUCCUAGAAGUUCAAUGUGUACAAUUCAGUGAACUUUUUUUCCUUUUUUGUAUUGAUCUCCUUUGGCAGCCAUAUUACCUUUGCACAGGCACAGGGGUUGCCAGGAAUGUUAUUUUAACAGUGAACAUUUCUGUAGUGCAUUUAGAAGUUUCAAAAGCUUACUACCCAUUUGUGUGUUGAAAAGCAGCAGGCAGUUCCUUUGGCUAGCCAAGAUUCAAAUGUUGGGACCACACACUUUGAAAAAUUAUGAUAUAUAUCUAUAUUCUUGUGAAUUAUAUUUCAAUAAAGCAGUGUAACUAUGUAUACAGAUGUCCUUUUACAGAGAUUGUCCGAAUAUUUGAGAAAAAAAAUGCAAAAUGUAUAAAAUAUACUGAAUGAAACUUGCUUGAAAUAAAGCAGUGAAAAUGUGUUUGCUUUCA